AAUGACGUUCGUCUCUACGUCAACUACUAGCCGAAAAUGGCGGAGUACCUGGCAUCCAUUUUCGGCACAGAGAAAGACAAGGUCAAUUGUUCAUUUUAUUUUAAAAUUGGAGCGUGCAGACAUGGAGACCGCUGCUCGAGAUUGCACAACAAACCAACCUUCAGCCAGACCAUCUUAAUCCAAAACAUCUACCGAAAUCCCCAGAACAGCGCCCAGACGGCUGACGCUUCUCGCUGCGCCGUCAGCGAUGUGGAAAUGCAGGAGCACUACGACGAGUUCUUCGAGGAGGUGUUCACAGAGAUGGAGGAGAAGUAUGGGGAGGUGGAAGAGAUGAACGUGUGCGAUAACUUGGGCGACCACCUAGUCGGCAAUGUCUAUGUAAAGUUUCGACGUGAGGAGGACGCAGAGAAAGCGGUCACGGACCUAAACAACCGCUGGUUUAACGCCCAGCCCAUCCACGCUGAGCUCUCCCCCGUCACAGACUUCAGGGAAGCUUGCUGUCGUCAGUAUGAAAUGGGAGAGUGCACCCGAGGUGGAUUCUGCAACUUCAUGCACCUGAAGCCCAUAUCGCGGGAACUUCGAAGGGAGUUGUACGGCCGCCGCAGGAAAAGGCAUCGUUCACAAUCGCGCUCCCGGGAACGACGCUCUCGCUCCAGGGACCGACGGCGAGACCGCGGCGAGAGGCGGAGAUCGAGGGACCGAGAGCGCUCCGGAAGAUUCUGAAAGAAGCCCAGACUGACCCUGUGUCCUACCAAAUCCCUCCACCUCUAACCCCAGAAUUGAUGACAAAGUUAUUUUUUCCUUUCUUUUUUUUUGUUGGUGAAGUGUUUUUUUCUUUUAUUCCCUUUUUUUAAGACGAGCUUGUGUCGCUUUCUCAAUAAAAACAGAUUUGUAAUUCUG